AUAUGAUCUAACACCAUUUUAAUCCAUUCAGAAAAAGUAAUCGUCAAGCAUACUCAUUAUUUGAUGAAAAAAGUUCUCAUGAGAUAACAGUGGAAGAUGAAUUAGCUAUAUUGAAACCUAUUCCAAAAUAUGUAUGGGAAGAUGAUUACUAUGAAUAAUUGAAAUUAGAGUUAAAAUAUUAUAAAGUAGAUAUUCAAGUACUAUCUCAUUCAGAAUGGUAAGAGCUUUUAAAAACAGGAUUGUAUGAUUCAAACAAAAAUUUACUAUUAUCAAUAUUUACUACAAGAUCUUUGACAGUGAGGCAAGUUUUUGAUUUCAUAACAAUGUAAUGUUAAAUGACAUGCCAAUUUAGGCAUCUUAAAAUUUAAUUGAAAGAAAAAAAUUAUGAAUGUAUUAUAAAGGAUGUACAUAGAACUUUUAAAAGUUCAGAUUUUUUUUAAAAAGAAGAAGUUCUUCAAAGAUUAUAAGAUAUAUUGGUAGCUUAUAGUAAUUUAGAUUCAUAAGUUUCUUAUGGUUAAGGAAUGAAUUUUAUUGUUGCAGCUCUUAUGUAUUUAGAUUUCAAUAAUGAUGAAGCCAUCUUUGAAAUUUUAAGAACUAUAAUUAUGGAUAAAGAAUGGAGAUAACUUUAUAUAAAUGGAACUCCUGGAUUAUUUAUGUUGAUAGCCAAAUUCAAUUUUAAAUUUAAGAAAAGAAUGCCUGCAUUAUAUUAACAUUUUGUAAAACUUGGAAUUGAAGAUUUAAGUAUGUGUGUAAGUGCAUUUUACUUAACUCUAUGUAUGUAGCAUGCUCCAAUUUAAUUCUCUCUUGUUUUAUUAGCUAUGUUUUUUAUUGAAGGGGAUGAUAUUUUAACUAAAAUGAUAUUGUCUAUGCUUAAGUAUUUUGAACAUUAUUUAUUAUAAUUAAACGAAUUUUAACAAAUAAUUGAAUUUAUCAAAAGAGGUUUAAUAAAUAAUUUCUACAGAGAAAUGUAAAAAUGUAGAAAAUAACAAAGACUAGUAUAGGUACUUUUAGAUAUUGGAUUGAUAAAAAGGAAAGAAAAAUAACAAAAAUAAAAAACAAAAAAGGGAUUUAUGAAAUAAUUAAUUGAUAAACCAUUAGCUUUAGGAAAUGAUGUUUAUAGUUAUUUUUUUAGAUGA